GCGCGCCGCGGCCAAGGCCCGCCCUCUGCCCGCCCCGCACCCGGCGAGGGGCGGGGCAUGCCGCGAGAGGCGGGGCGCGCGGCGGGGAGCGUGAGGGCGCGGACACGCGUUUGCCCGCGGCUCUGGCAGUGAGCUGUGAGCUGUGAGCUGGGCGCCUGCGGGAGCUGGUGGCAGCAGCACGGCCGGCGGGCAGUGGUUAUGUCUAGGCGCCGGGCGAGGCGGCAGCGGGCCCGGGUGACCCUAUCAACAGGGCCGUGCGAGGCCCCGGUCGCCUAGGUAGCGGUAUCAGAACCGCGUGUUCAGGUGCGGAUGUAGCAGAGCUGGCGCCAGUGGGGAGGAAGCGAUUCUGGGCAGUCUGUCGGUCAGGGAGGGCUUGGCCAGGAGACGGGAGGUGCGGCGGUGGCGGAAAGGUGAGUCCAGCCGCAGGAGACGCGAGGAGAAGGCACAGAACCAGGGGCUUGUCCAGCCGCCCGCUGGACCUGCUCCGUGGCCUGUGACCGUGAGGCUCGGCCUGGGGGGAGUCGACUGGCGCGGCGGCACUUUCAGGGCUGCGAUUCGACGUUGGCUGUACGUGGGGCCCGUUGGGUUUGAGAUCCACAGCUCGCAGCCCCACGUUCCACAUAAAGUAACGGUCUGCGUGAGUACACAGCUGUGAAUCGGUCUUAGUGGUAUGUCGCUGAGGUUAUGGAUUAUUUUGCUGCAGGGCCAAUUUCCUAGUCGUGUGUUCGUCAUUCAGUGAACUUCUUAAUCGCUUUGCUUCAGUUGCGUCUCAGGUCUCUGAUGUGCAGGGGUUUGAGUGCCGGACCUCAGCGGUGAGCGUGGCUUGCCCAGGAUACUCCCAGUCCAGAACGUGAGCUAACCGUUACUAAGAUGUCUUGGUUAACGAGAGGGGGCAAGUCGAAGGAGAAAGAGGAGUCCGAAAGCUCUCUCAAUCAGGAGGAGAGAGGUCUGCUAGUACAGGCAAUGCUGGAGCAUGGAGGAGAUCCUUGGGAUUACAAAGUUAUUGGCCAGGAUCCCACUCUCAAAGCUGCUGAAAGACACUGGGUAAAUUAUAUAUCCAUGUAUCAUCCUAAAGGGGAAAAGAAAUGCUCAGCUCUGCAGUGGCUGUUGUUUGAUCUGGCCAGUGCCUUACAAAUGGCGAUCGAAGAAAAAGACCAGUGUAUAAAGAACUUGCAAAAUAAUUUGCAGGUGGCUCACAAUGAGAUACUAGCACUGCGGUGUGAUAACUCUCUGCUAAAUGAGCAGGCUGAGCAAUUAAGAGAAUUGAAAGAAAAACUAAGGGCAGAGAAUGCUGAUAAUGCCCGAUUAAGAAAAAAAGUACAGUGCUUGGGAACGCUGUUAGCUCUAGGGAAGGGUUUAGAUCACAGGAAAGUAGCAGCUUUGAGUAAGACAGAUUGGGACCCAGAGACGUGGGAUGGGGAUAUUUGGAAUCUGGAGGACAAGGAAAACUCUACAGCGCAAGGGGUGGCUGCUGGGGUUACUAGAAAAAUAAGGCCAGCGGAGGGAGACAUUGCUUUAAAAACCCAGGGAGUGGGGGAUAUGUCCAGAAAAGAGACGGUCUGGAAGAAGCAGAAGGAGGGCUGGCCUGUGUGGGUAAACAGGAUUUGGACUUUAGAGCAGUGCACCCCUUUCACGUAUGAGGAGGCUAAGCGGGUGGUAACAGCCAUUGGGCUACCGUGGCCAAAGGUAGGGGCCAUCAUCAGGGCCUUGCCUGCCAGCGAGACAUCCGGGGGAGAAAUCCUAAGGCUGGUGAUUAGAAAUUUGGGAGAGUAUGAGCCCCUCAAAGAUAACAUGGAGGGGGCGCCCUGGACAGACGUCCAGGAGGCGUCAGCCUAUGUGUGUGGGAAUGUACUACUCCGGGUAUUAAAGCAAAGGGAGAAACCAGUGACCCCCGACUUUGACAUAUACGGAGUGAAUGCUGAACCGGGAGACAUAGGGGUAUUGGCCUGCCGUGCUCCAGAACUGCAUAAGGGGUUUUUCAUCAGCCUGGGAUCUACUUUAAUUGGUCGGCCCCUUGGUGAAUGCAUGGCUACGUUAGAGAACGUGGGGACGCUUAUGGGAGCAGGGGGGAAAGGAGAGGCAAAGAAGGGAGCGACGGGGGUGAAGGCUAGGAAAUACAUUCCUAGAGGAAUAAUUUGGAGAUUCUUAAUAAAUCAGGGGGUGAAUGAAGAAGAGCUAGAUAGUCAGCCCACAGGAGUUUUACUUGCCAAAAUGAAGAAAAUUCUUCAGGAAAAGGGAAUGAAGCAAGAGGAGGUCUGGGAAAAACUGGAGCAGAUGAAGCCAUCAGUUCCUCCUCCUAUUCCAAAGAGAAAACUAUACCCAUCCUUAAGGGACCUUAAAGAUUAGGAGUCCCUACCCCUGGUGUCAGUGGGAUUAACCUCCACCACACUGAUUUGGAAUUCAGGGGGAAGGGGCUACUUGGAGGUACGAUGUCUGUUGAAGGGGGGGUGGGAAACUGCAAGUACUUUCUUAGUUGAUACAGGAUCAGAAGCAACUGUACUAGAUUACCAGGGUCCUCUACUCCCAGGUAAAUCAGUCUGGGUUUUGGGAGGAGGAGGGGGAAGAAUGAAGGGAAAAGAAGUGGAAGCCCAGUUGUGCAUAGGAGAAGAUAAACUGGAGGGGCAGAUAAUUCUGAUUAAAGGAGGGCCAAACAUUUUAAGAAUGAAUUUUCUUUCUCAGUUCAAGGUAGAUCUGUCCAAGGGAAAAUUAUAUUGUGUUGCUGCCUCAGAAAAUGAAGAGAUCACAGGAGUCACCAAAUUGGUGAAGUACUGGACUAAAAGCAGAACAGGAGCAGGGCUAGUAAAUGAAGAAUGUGAGGUGACUUCAACCAGAGACCCUGUCUUCCAGUCCCAGUACCGGUACAGCACAGAAGCACAGAGGGGUUGUGAGGAAGCUCAGGGGGUACAGCGAAGGCUAAAUAGGAUUGGAUUUAGAAUCUCUAUUCCCAUAAUUUCUGCAGAAAUCCAGGGAUGUGGAAUACGUGGGCGGUGGAAACCCCUUGCAAAGAAUUGUAAGCCUGCAUUGGGUAAUGCCUUCAACACCUGGGAAUGGGCACCAUUUGAACAGUGGCAAAUUGAUUAUGUGGGCCCCUUAAAAAGAUCAAAGAGGGGUAAUCAGCUCAUAUUUGUUGCCAUUGACAAAACAACAAGAUGGAUAGAGGCAAUGGCAGUAUGUGAAGCUACUGUUAAUACCACAGUUUGGUGUCUGCAUGAAAUGAUGAACAGGUUUGGUCCUCCAUUCUUAAUUUAAUUGUUUCAGAUAAAGAAAGCCACUUCACAGAUGCAGCAGUACAGAAAUUCCCUAAAGGGAUGGGGGGGGGUGUCCUCAAUUAACCCAUAUUUCCUACCAUCCACAGUCCUCCAGGAUAGUGGAAAUAGCUAAUAGGUUCGUCAAGACUGAAGUUAAUUGCUGAAGAAAGAGGACUGAGCUGGGACAAAGCACUUCCAUUUUUGUGCUGGGCCAUGCAAACAAGGAACAUGCUAGAUACUGGAUAUAGCCCGUAUGAGCUGGUACAUGGCCAUCCCACACAAACGGACAAGAUCUGUAGUGAUGUCAGUAAAUGGGCUAAACAGUCAGGUGCUCCAGAUAGUGCUUUGAUCCUGGAGCAAUCAGCUCAGCUAAGAGCAUGGGCCCAUACAGCUGUCUGGAAUUACACAGCUCAUGAACACAAAAGGGCCAACAUACAGCAAUGGGAAAAUCAACCCCCACUGGGAGCCGUGGUCCUGUGGAUUCCUCAGAUACAAAGGGGAAGGCAGAGAGAAAGUUUAGGGGUAAUUAUGGCUCAUGGAUGGCAAAACUCAGUGCUAACUGGAAACAAAGAAGGAGAGAUUAUAUGGGUAGGCGGGACCCACUGCUGUGAAGUCAAAGAGAAUGUUUCUGACUAAUGUUUAAGUAAGAUUAAUUUUCAGGGUUGAAUGUAGGUGUGGGAUUGCUCAGAGCUGUGCACCAGAGAGCCUCAGCAAGAACCAUCUUCUUCAAGGUGCUCAUCAUCGAUUUAAGAUGGCGCCAGGAAUAUUCUCAAAGAGUUCUGGGCCCUGUUCAGUUUUCUUCUGCUGGCUUCUAGGUGUAAAAGCAAUAGUUUGGACAUGGAACAUCACUGUUGCUGUUAAUGAUUGUAUUUCCUCAGGGAAAGUUAUCAACAGAAUUUUAGCGCUAAGCCUUGAGACAAUGGGAAGGUCCUCAAAUGCUUGGUUUCCUAAUAGAGCACAACAAAGCGAUCCCACGUUACAAGGUUUAACAGAUGGGUGGUACAGAUUUUCAUCUUGAUUUUGCUCUUCACUGAUAGGCUAGGGGUUAGGAGAUGAAUUACAAGAAGGACAUGAGCAAUGGGAUAUUAAACCUUGCAUCGGCUUACCGAAAGUCUUGGGUAAAGGAUUGUGGGAACAUCAGUUAAAAAGGAAUGGUGUGCACGUAAGAAUACAAGAAGUUUGACCACCCAGUGGUUGACAAUGGACAACUGAAGGACAUGUAUGUAUUAGUUCUGCAUGAUCUAUUGAGCCUUAUGGGCCACAGGAGGGUAUUGUCAUAUGUCAAUGGAAACAAGUCAGCACGGGAACUCCAAUGGUAUUUGGUAACAGUGUGGGUCGUGUACAUACUGUCUCACUUAUAAUGGUAGAAUGGAAGGAUAACACAACCUCUCUACCUCCAGUAAAAUAACGUAAGUGUGGUAUCAUGUUUGUCACUGUAGCUGAUGUAUAUUCGGUUGCCCUGCAGACUGUAUUUUCUCAAAAGCAGAGUUCUGUUUCAGUCCAAUGGACUAAUGGCAUCUGUCUGGGAAUUGACUGACUGACUGACCUUACAGGGGAUGAGAUACUCAGACAAAAUGAUGGCGUACAGAAAGAAGCUUACAAACCAGAGAGCAGACAACAAGUUGCAAGCCUGAUGAUCACCUUAGAGAACAAGAAACUUAAAACUGAGGACUGAUAGUGAACUGUUAGUUGUACAUCAUUAGUAUGAUGUAUUCAUGGGUUGGCCUCCAGAAACUACUGCUACAGUUAAUGCACUUAAUCCUGCAGCUGUUAUUAGUUAUGACAGAAGUAUUGCUUUUCUUUAUCCUUUUAUUCUUUCUUUUAUUCUUUGUACAUAUGCUUUUCUUGGUUCAAAGGAGAGAAUGCCCAGUUGAACCUCUUACGUAUGCUGAUAUCCUAACAGACGUGGCAGAUUCCAGCCGGAAGGGAUUGAGCUUAUGAGCAUCCGGAGUGGUCUGAGCGUCCUUGGAGGAGGUCAGUCAGACCAGGGGGUGACUUGUGAGUAAGAGAUCCCGCUGGAGCGCAUGGCCCCCAGGAGCUGAGGCCUGAGCAGCUGCCCAUGGCAGGGGUGUGAAAAACAAGUUUCUCUGCUUCUCUGUUAUGUAAACUGGCAGAUAAAGACCUGCAUGCGCUCAGCUAGAGCUCAUAGAAGAAUCAAGGCUAAAGUGGAAUAGUUAUGUCUAGUCACUGGAUGAAGUAAACUAAAUCCAACCAGAUAAAGAUAGGGGAGUUUAAGGGAGCCAGGCUGCCCACACUUAGGUAGCUGUAUCAGUAAUACCAUAUAAGGCCAAGAUCGCCUAGGUAAUGGUAUCAGAAAUACCAAAUUUAGAUGUGGAUGUAGCAAAACUGGGAGCAAUGGGGAGAAAGUAAUUAUUUCAGAAUGGUUUGGUCAGAAGAAAGGAGCUGCAACAGUGGCAAAAAGGUGGGGCCAAACGCAGGAAGAAUGAAGAAGGUAUAAAAUCAAAGACCGACAGAGGGUAGCUUUUCCAGCGGCAGGAGUGUGGAUGCCUACAGCCGGAAGCAACAUUGACCUGUGGAGCCAAGGCCACCAGGACGCUGAGGGAGCCACCUGGCAUAACCUGAUGAACUCUGUCAGUGUGUGACCAUAGGACUUGGUAUGGGGGGAACAGACUGGCACUUCAAUGCUUAAAGAACUGUAAUUGAACAUUUGCCAUACAUAUGAGAUUAGAUUUAUGAUCUGUAACUCACAGUGAUGUAUUUUUGCAUUAUGGUCUGCAUAAUUAUGUAACUGUGAAUUAAUCUUAGCGGUAUGUUACAUGGCUUAUUGAUCAUUUUACUGCUUUGCUGGUUUCCUAGUCGUGUGUUAAUCAAUCAAUAAAUGUCCUAGUCAGCUUGCUUC